AUGUGUGAAAAUUUAAACCCGGAUCGCAUAAGAUGUGAGGCUUGUCGAACCAUCAACUUGGCAAAGCAUAUAAACCAACUGAAGCCAGACAUGCAAAUGUAUGAUAAAUGCAGCCCAACACAGAAAUUAGAAUGUGCUCGCGUUACGGAGUUACCCUUACAUCCUACUUGCAUCAAAGUUUGCACAAAGGAAGAAUACAACUUCAAAAAAAGUGGCAAAAAGGUAGCACUACCAAAAAUGCCUCCAUAUGGGCACGGUAAACUGAUGUAUGCCGUCAAAGCUGGUAUCCUAGUAAGCGCUGUUUACUUUACGUAUACGCAAGGAGUAUGGGGUGAUCAACAAGACGUAACAGAAUGCAUUCGUCGUUGGCAAGAAUACAUACGCAGCAUCAACACUAGACGCCCGCCCACCUUUGAUCAGUGUGGUCACGUCAUAACAAAAGAAUCUACUGAAAAUCUACUGGCACCGCUGUAUAACAUGUACAAAAAUAUCGUUACUACUUGUUUUUCUGGUGUAGUAAAAUUCCCUUUGAUAAUAAAGUGUGCGUACAUGGAUUACAUCAAAGCAUUGGAAAGGAGACAGGCUGAAUUGGAUAAAGAAAGAAAAAUUAAGAAAAGAUCGGGUUAAACUUUAUAAAGAUUGCGGAUGACUUGAAUAAUUGUAAAAAAAGAUUUGUUUUGGUAAUUGUGUGUAACUAAUGUAACGAUUAUAAAAGCUUUUUUUUAAGUU